AGAGAGACUAAAACACUAACGGAAAUCAGAUAUUGACUGCAUCAAGUAAUUGAACCUGUAGCUAGCAGCUCAAUUUCUCUUCGUGUACAUUGCAGGAAAUGAUUUUCUCAAUACAUAUCAUUAUAAGAAGGGGUUACUAUUCAAUAUGAGGUGAAAGUCAGCGCUUAAGUUGAGAAAGCGGUAACGAUGGAACAUACAGGCCUAUCUGCAACCAGUUUGACUCGAAAAAAAGUAUAUAUUUGUCGACAAAGAUAGUGAUUAUAGGAAUAUCUUAACUAUGGAUUUUAAGAGUCGAUUCUUAAGAAUGGACACUUAAACCCGCCAGGUCUUUAACAAGGCAACGUAGUCUUUGAUGUUGUAUUCGAAUAUUUUCAAAGAUAAAAAUCGCAAGUUAUUAUUUGUUGUUCACUAUGUUAUUAGUGAUACUACGUAUAUUCAUUCUUGUAUAUACAAGGCGUUUGUUUCUGACGUUGCCCCAGUGGAAGAAAACAGGCAGUCCUCUUGGGAUUAUUUAGAAUACAUGCAUGCGUUGAUGUAGUAAUCACAGAAAUUGGAAUAAGAAUACUCAAAAUGGAACAAAUAAACAAGUUAUUAUAAACUAGCUGACUAAUGCGUUUGAGUUAUUUUCCCAGUUUAAGCACUGAAGUGUAUAUGCAAAGUAUCUAAAUGGAUAGUUUACUGAUCUUGAGUUAUGCAAAAGUUACAUAAGGCUUUACGGUUGAAAUUAUGUUUAACAUGGGCGCGGUGAAUGGAUUUGAUGUUUUGUUGGAUCAUCCGGUGGAGGUAUAUCACCCGGGGGAGACUCUCACUGGACGAGUUGUCUUAUCACUCACAAAGGACCUUGCAAUGAAAGGUAUUCGGGCAUCCUUAAAAGGGGAAACGAGGACACAAUGGCGCGAGAAACCUGUGGUGAACGUUACUGGCGAUAAGCGAGGAAGUAUUGUUAAAGGAUUGGAAACGUUUCUAUGCAUUAAGAGAACCCUUUGGGGAAACGAAGACGAAGAAGAUCAGAAAGAGUUGCCAUUACUCCAAGCAGGUCAGCAUACAUUUCCCUUCGAAUUUAUUCUUCCGGAUGAAGAUGAUUUGCCGUGCAGUCUAGAAUGUGGUCGGGUUGCUUGUGUACGCUAUUUUGUCCAGGCUACAAUAAAUAUAUCAUGGGCGGUAGAUCCACUGGCUGAACACUAUUUUUCGUUCAUUGGUUCUCCGAUUGAUCCAAAUCUACCAAAAUAUCAGAAACCUGUGCUCGGUUCCACAAAGAAGAGUAAAGGAUUUUGCUGUCGUGUGGUGCGGCCAAUGGCCUUGAAGGUGGAACUACAACGGACAGCUUAUUGCCCAGGUGAAUUUGUUAAUAUCAGAACCAAGCUGGAUAAUAACUCAGACAGCACCAUGAAACUAGGAGUCAAACUGAUACAGAAUGUCACAACAAAGGCAGAGACUCCUGAACAACGUGUUCGUAAUGGCUCUGUUGACGUUAUGACCUACAGCAGCAGGUCCGUCUUGCCGGACGAGGAGUACGUUUUGCAAACAGCCAGUGUUGUCCAAAUCCCAGUAGUUCCACACACCAUACAAACACGCCUAAUCCAAGUUAGCUAUAUAAUCGAGGUUGCCUUAUUUGUAGAUGAUAAGUCCGAGUUAGAAGUUUAUUUUCCAAUUACAAUAUGCAACGUGCCUUAUAGAGAUAAAUUCGGCAGAACAAAGGAGUACACCUAUGCGCAUCCCUGCUCCAAAUCAUGCGGUGCAAAUGAGGGUUUCAUAAAGGAAUACCACAACGGGCAGCAGGUAAUACAACUACGUCAUUUUACCCCACUAUACUUGACAGCGUUACCAAUGGAGGCAAGAGCCACUAAAUCUGCUGAUAUACCCAUUGUUAUCAACGAGCAAAAACCGAAUGGCUAUGCUCAGAAUCAGAACGGUGGGUAUCCCGGUUCACCCCGUUGGGACGUUAUUGAAAACAGGAACUCAUUGAAUGGUACCCCUUUGCUGGAUGUACCUUCAUUAAAAGUUGACGAAGCCGAGGGGUCGAUAAUUGCAAGUAAAAGUAGUGGGAGCAUCACAAAAUAUAACACGCGUAGAAGUAGUGCGCACACGACAAGAAUGAGUUUUCAAGGAAACACGGUAUUUCAAAUUUCAUUGGAUGACAGCAGCAACGCAAGCCGACAAUCGUCGUCCGCAGACGAUAAGACAUGUACCCCCGAGGAACCGUCGACCCCAUUCUCUCAGCCACAGCCUCUGCGUAGGCCUCAGAAUGGAGGCACAGUGUCAAAGCGAUCCAAAUCACGAACUUAUACCUAUAGGGAUAAUUAUGGAAUUCGAAAUAACAUGGCGACAGAAUUGUCGCUGGAAAGUGCUAUAAACUAUGGUUACGUGGCGUCUAGCGAUCUAGAUGAGUCUUACGCAGGCAGUUGGAAUAGCUUUUCAGAAAGUACAUAUAAUUCUGAAAGGCAUACACGGCCCAGUUACAGAGGUUUUUAUGACGGUGACCAGUUGUCAACAGAGGCUGUUGCGCGGAGUAAUAAUUUACAUGAAAUGUACUCGAUGUCACGAUUUACGAAUGGCUACCAGCACAGUAGAUCGGGAAGCUCUGGAUCCUACGCAGUUGAUACUGAUGCAAUUGACACGGAGAUCAUUGGUGAUCAUGAUGGCAGACGAAAACGACAUUCUGACCGACGUAAGAAAUCAUUUGCGUCGCACUAUGUUUGAUAACUGUUAACACCUCCUUAUUAAAAAAGAAACACUUUGAAUUAUAAUUACAUUUCAAAAAAAUGAAGAGGAUAAUUGGGGUGCUUUUUUGAAAGCUCGGAAGAGCUUUCUGUGGAAAUUGUAUUUUAAAAUCGAAUGAAAUGAAGUAAAUCGAACGGACGAAAGAGAGUAAACAUUGUCAAACCAUUAAACGGCAACACACGUUGUACGAACAGUGUAACGGAAGUUGAGAAUAUGAACAUAAAAGGAAUUUGAUCUAUGCAAACGAGGUAGGGUUGCGUUGUCUGCAUUAUUUAUAAUAGGAAGAAUUUAAUUUCCUGUCUAAUAGUUAGUGAUUGAAACACCUUGAAUACAUGCUUUUAUCACCAUGAAUAUAUGCGUACAAAAUAUAUUUUAAUAUAAUGUAUAUUAUAAUUUAUAUGUAUAUAGAAUUAUGUUCUGAGGUUGACAUUCAUUUGUUUGUUCAGAUAUAAUCAUUAAUAUAAAUAUAUUAUACCAACUUUACUCAACACACACCCACACUCAAUAAAUAAUAUGUGUAUAUUAGUUUAUAUAUAAUAGGCCUAUAUUACAUAUGAUUUAUGUAUGAAUAUAUAGCUGUAUGCAAAAGGUCCCGGAUUUGAUUCCUGGUGGAGGCAGAGUUUUAUUUUCUUUCUUUGUCAGAUUUCUCUUCGUUUAAAUCUAUAUAAUUGCUGUUUCUGUUAUUUUCCAUAUGCCUAAGUCACUUUAUAUACCAGUACAUAAAAAAAAUAAUGCACAGAAGAGGGCUAUCCUAUAGAUCUCUGGCAGUCUCUAGUCACGUGCGAUAUUAGAGCUAAUAUAUCAACAUCGUGACGUCAGACACGUUCAUUGAAUGAAAGGAAUUUCUACCGGUGCUUGAAUCACCACAAUCCCUGCGUGGUCAAGUGGUUAUGACGUUCACCAUGUAUGCGAAAAGUCUCCGGUUCGUGUCCUGGUGGGGGCUGAGUUAUUUUCAUUCUU